AUGACUGCCUGCUUUACAAAAUCUUUGAGCAAGCUUAUAUAUAUAUCUAUCUAUCUUUCAGAGCAAGCUCAUAUCUAUACAUCUAUCACAGUGAGCUCAUAUCUAUCCAUCUAUCUAUACAUCUAUCACAAGCAAUCUCAUAUCAUACAUCUAUACAUCUAUCUUUCUAUCUUAGCAAGCUCAUCCCUCUAUCUUUCAUCUAUCAUACAUCUAUCUUCUUCAGAGCAAGCUCAUAUCUAUCUAUCUUUCAGAGCAAGCUCAUAUCUAUCUAUCUUUCAGAGCAAGCUCAUAUCUGUCCAUCUCUCUUUCAGAGCAAGCUUAUAUAUAUAUCUAUCUUUCAGAGCAAUCUCAUAUCUAUACAUCUAUCACAGUGAGCUCAUAUCUAUCCAUCUAUCUUACACAGCAAGUUCAUAUCUAUCCCUCUAUCUUUCAGAGCAAGCUCAUAUCUAUACAUCUAUCUUUCAGAGCAAGCUCAUAUCUAUACAUCUAUCAUUCAGAACAAGAUCAUAUCUAUCCAUCUAUAUUUCAGAGCAAGCUCAUAUCUAUCAAUCUAUCUUACACAGCGAGCUCAUAUCUAUCCCUCUAUCUUUCAGAGCAAGCUCAUAUCUAUACAUCUAUCUUUCAGAGCAAGCUCAUAUCUAUACAUCUAUCAUUCAGAACAAGAUCAUAUCUAUCCAUCUAUAUUUCAGUGAAGCUCAUAUCUAUCAAUCUAUCUUACACAGCAAGUUCAUAUCUAUCCCUCUAUCUUUCAGAGCAAGCUCAAUCUAUACAUCUAUCUUUCAGAGCAAGCUCAUAUCUAUACAUCUAUCAUUCAGAACAAGCUCUAUCCAUCUAUAUUUCACAUCUAUCUUUCAAUCUAUCUUAAGCUCUCAUAUCUAUCCCUAUCUUUCAGAGCAAGCUCAUAUCUAUCCUCUCUUUCAGAGCAAGCUCAUAUCUAUAUCUAUCAUUCAGAACAAGAUCAUCUAUCCAUCUAUAUUUCAGAAGAGCAAACUCAUAUCUAUCCAUCUUUCAGAGCAAGCUCAAUCUCUCAUUAUCUAUCCCUCUAUCUUUCAGAGCAAGCUCAUAUCUAUACAUCUAUCUUUCAGAGCAAGCUCAUAUCUAUACAUCUAUCAUUCAGAACAAGAUCAUAUCUAUCCAUCUAUAUUUCAGAGCAAGCUCAUAUCUAUCAAUCUAUCUUCUAUCAAUCUAUCUUUCAGAGCAAACUCAUAUCUAUCCAUCUUUCUUCAUAUCUAUACAUCUCUCAUUCAAAAAAUCAUAUCUAUCCCUCUAUCUUUCAGAGCAAGCUCAUAUCUAUCCAUCUUCUUUCAGAGCAAGCUCAUAUCUAUACAUCUAUCAUUCAAAAAGAUCAUAUCUAUCCAUCUAUCUUUCAGAGCAAGCUCAUAUCUAUCAAUCUAUCUUAUCUAUCUUUCUAUCUUUCAGAGCAAACUCAUAUCUAUCCAUCUUUCAUCAAGCUUAUCUAUAGAUAGCAUUCAAAGAUCAUAUCUAUCCCUUUGCUUUGAACUCAUAUCUUUCAUAGCAAGUUCAUAUUUAUCUUAUCAUUCAGAACAAGAUCAUAUCUAUCCAUCUAUCUUUCAGAGCAAGCAAUCUAUCAAUCUAUCUUAUCCCUAUCAAUCUAUCUUUCAGAGCAAACUCAUAUCUAUCCAUCUUUCAGAGCAAGCUCAUAUCUAUCCUCUCAUUCAAAAGAUCAUAUCUAUCCCUUUCUUUCAGAGCAAGCUCAUAUCUAUCUAUCUAUCUUUCAGAGAAAGCUUAUAUCUUUUGCAUCCAUCUAUCUUUCAUAGCAAGCUAUCUUUCUGUCCAUCUAUCUAUCCAUCAUCUUACAAGUUCAUAUCUAUCCCUCUAUCUUUCAGAGCAAGCUCCUAUCUAUACAUCUAUCUUUCAGAGCAAGCUCAUAUCUAUCUAUCUUUCAGAGCAAGCUCAUAUCUGUCCAUCUAUCUUUCAGAGCAAGCUCAUAUCUCAAACACAUAUCUAUUUUUCCCAGUUAAGACAGCUCUAUCUCAGUUCAUAUAUGUCUCAGUUUGCUCAUAUCUAUCCUUCUCAUGA